ACAUGAAUUGCAAAUUGCGUUCGAACAAUUGUAUGAUUGUAUGAAAAUACGGUUACGAUACCACGUAAGCUCUCAUGCAACCUUUGAAUUUGAUUGCAGAAAAUUAAAAAAGGUUUCAUAACCACAAUCCGCAUUUUCCAUUUCCGGGAAACGGACGGAUCGGAGCCACCCAACACUCAACACAAUACCAUAUCGCCGUAUAUACAUACGUUCAUGCCAAUACGAUAACCUUGGAUGCUCUGAUCUGCGCAUAUACUGUAUAUAUAUUAUGUAUUUAUAUAUAUAAUCACGCUUUCAUACUUUUCCUCACCUUCACUCCACCAUGGAUCCCCGGCUGAAUAAUGUAUUGCGACUACUUUUCAUGGCGGUUUCUUUUUUCGCCGCCUCCGUUACGACGGCCGAGUACAUCAGGCCUCCGCGCCGCAAAAUCUUGCGUUUAACUAAGGAUCCAUUCUCUUCUUCUGAUCCUCACCAGGUCCACAUAUCCUUAGCGGGGGAUAAACAUAUACGAGUAUCCUGGGUCACUAGUGAUAAAUCAUCUCCUUCGCGUGUGGAAUAUGGCACAUCGCCAGGAAACUACACCUCAGUAGCUGAAGGAGGAGAAACUAAAACGUAUAGCUAUCUAGUAUACAAAUCAGGGUAUAUCCACCAUACUGUGAUUGGACCGCUGAAGGAUGAUACUGUGUAUUACUAUCGGUGUGGGGGGAAAUAUCCCGAGUUUCAGCUCAAGACUCCCCCUUCCAAGUUCCCAAUUAUGUUUGUUGUGGCAGGUGAUUUGGGGCAGACUGAAUGGACUAAGUCGACUUUAGGCCACAUACAGCAAUGUAAAUAUGAUGUUCUUUUGCUCCCUGGAGACCUUUCAUAUGCUGAUUACAUUCAAGCCCAUUGGGACACCUUUGGUAUGCUGGUGCAGCCGCUUGCAAGUGCUAGGCCAUGGAUGGUGACACAUGGGAACCAUGAAAUAGAAACGAUUCCGUUAGUUAAAGAAUGGUUUCUGUCUUAUAACGCGAGGUGGGUGAUGGCCUUUGCGGAGAGUGGAUCCAAUUCAAACCUGUAUUACUCAUUUGACGUGGCAGGGGUUCACGUUGUGAUGCUUAGCUCUUAUACUAGUUUUGAUGACCACUCUGAUCAAUAUCGUUGGGCGAAGGCUGAUUUUCUUAAAGUAGACCGCAAAAAGACACCGUGGUUGGUUGUGAUAUUCCAUGUGCCAUGGUAUAGUAGUAAUAAUGCCCAUCGAGGGGAAGGUAAUGCCAUGAAGGCAGCCAUGGAACCUUUGCUUUAUGCUGCUGGUACAGACAUUGUGUUUUCUGGCCAUGUGCAUGCUUAUGAGCGCUCGAAACAAGUUUACAAAGACAAAAAUGAUCAGUGUGGUCCUAUCCAUAUAACCAUAGGUGAUGGAGGAAACAGAGAAGGUUUAGCAACCAGGUACAAAGAUCCCCAACCAGUAUGGUCUGCGUUUCGCCAAGCAAGCUUUGGUCAUGGAGAGUUCGAGGUUGUCAAUUCAACUCAUGCACAUUGGAGUUGGCAUCGGAAUAAUGAUGAUGAAUCAGUGCAGUCUGAUAAGGUUUGGGUUACCUCAUCAUGGAGUAAUCCAGCAUGCAAUGGCAAAAACAGCAAAGAGGGAAGGAAAGUCCUGAACUCCUGAUGGCCCCUUAAUGUCAAAGUUGCUGGUCAACCUAGAUGUACUUUCCAUAUGUAUAUACACAGUAGAAUGACUGAAUGAGAGAAUUGUUGUAUGUGUGCAUUGUUCUCUCGGUCAAGUUCUCGUGUUUGUAAGGUUUAGUGUUGCUGUUUUUAAGGGUUGUUAUAAACAUGCCCAAGAUUUCAUGGUUAAGUAGUGUAGUGGUACUAAUUUUUUACUUUAUCUUAGAAUGUUAAAAGAGUGAUUUUUAAUCACUUCAUCUCUAGGUUGCUAAAAACAUGUAUUCCAUUUGUUACACAUAUGGUACAAUGUAUCAAAUGUAGUUUGAAUGUUUAUUGUUAUUGUGAGUUGAAUUUGAAA